GGGGCUGAGGUCAUAAUGAUUAAAAUGGCGACGCCGCAGUUAGUGGGGUUACCGGCUUCUCUUACGGGCAAGUUCAAGGGAUCUUUUGCAUAUAAUACAAUUAAAGACAGGCUGCCUCUCAUCCUGACACGUGUUAUUGAUACUUUGCAUCGACAUAAACAUGAAUUCUUUGAAGAACACGGAGAAAAAGGCAUUGAAGCAGAGAAGAAAGCUAUAGCCUAUCUCUCCAAGUUACGGAAUGAGUUGCAGACAGACAAGCCACUGAUUGCACUGAAUGAUAAUCUCCCUGAUACCCCUCUAUGGAACCAGUACUUAGAAUAUCAUCAAAAUAUAUCAAAUGAACCACCAAGCUGGUUUCAGUCUCCUUGGUUGUAUACAGAGUGUUACAUGUAUCGUAGAAUUCAUGAAGCUCUUAUUCAGAGUCCACCCAUCAGCAAUUUUGAUGUAUUUAAAGAAGAAAAGAAUCAUGCUUUCUCUGAGUCUCAGCAAGCUAUGAUUGUUUUAAGUACUUGUCUCCAACAGCUGUUGAAAAAUAUAGAUGACUUUGAUGAAAAACGUUUGAAAGAGGAGCUUUGUAAGCUGAUUCAGGUUUCAUUAUGGGGCAAUAAGUGUGAUCUAUCAAUUUCAGCUGGGGCGGAUAAUUCUCAGAAGUCUGACCCAUUACAAUCUGUGGAAGAAUUAAAAACUUUCAUCUUGGUGGAUCACAUGGAAAAACUUUGGUCACUGCUUAUAAACAAAAAGAAAAACAAAACACCAACUAGACUUGACGUGGUCCUGGAUAAUGCUGGUUUUGAACUCAUUGCUGAUCUUGUUUUGGCUGACUUUUUGUUAUCCUCAGAAUUGGUUACUGAAAUUCAUUUCCAUGGGAAAAGUAUUCCAUGGUAUGUGUCAGAUACUACAAAGCAUGACAUGGAUUGGACAAUUGAACAAAUGAAGUCAGCUAAUCAUAAGUGGAUGUCUAGAUGUGGUGUCUCCUGGGAGGGCUAUAUGAAAAAAGGUGUUUGGAUUUAUCAUGAUCAUUUGUUCUGGACUUUGCCACAUGAAUUUUCUAGUAUGGCUCAGAUUGCUCCCGAUUUAUACACUGAGUUACAGAAAUCAAGUUUGAUUAUUUUCAAAGGUGAUUUGAACUAUAGAAAGCUAACAGGUGACCGAAAAUGGGAAUUCACAGUGCCAUUCCAUCAAGCCUUGAACAAUUUUCAGCCUGCACCACUCUGCAGCUUAAGAACAUUAAAAUCCGAUACUCAGGUUGGUUUGAAACCUGGGCAAGGUGAACAGCUUAUGAAUAUUGAACCUGAGUGGAUGAUAAAUGGGAAAUAUGGAAUAAUUCAGUUUGAUGCUACUUCCUGAUAGAUUUGCAAAGUAUGAAGAAUGGCACUGUGUUAAAACAUGAUUUUGAUGGUCUAACCUGGAAGGCCACUGAUUUUCAGUGUGCACUAUUUUCUUCCAAGAGCCUUGCUGUUAUUUUUAAAGUGAAAUGCAAUUGUGACCUCUUUUAAAUCAUCAGAAAGAUUCAAAUUUGUCCUCUAGCAUACUUUAUUUUUAACUAAUAUAGAACAAGAGGCAACAGCCAAAGGUACUAUAUUAGUUGACAUGCAUUUGACCUCUGCUGUUUUAACAUAAAACACAAUGCCGCUUGAGCUUGAUCUUGUUCAGAAAAACUGAUGUUAAAUAAAAUGAAUUCUCAAAUGGCAAAACUAAAGGCUUUGAAUAAAUUAUCCAGUAUGAGAACUACAUGCAUUGUUGCACAGCAUUAAAAAGAAAUAAUCCAGCAGUGAGUGCCCUUGUGUCUUCAGGCUUGCUGUGCCAAUAAACAUUGUAGGCAAACUAUCAUCAGAGACAGAAGGCUUUGCCAUGACAGACUAUCUGUCAAGGUGGUAGGACUACAUCUUCUCAUCUGCCUGCCUUCUCAUUCUCAUUUAUAUUAUUAAUGGCAUGGUAGGAGAAUGGGAAAAAUUCUAGGAAGAAGUAGGAAGAAUCCCAGAAAUGGAGAAAAAAGGAAAGAAAAUGCAAAAAGCAAGCAAGUAUUCUUUAUCUUGUCUGGGUUAAGUGGAAUCAUGGUUAACAGCCAUGGGGGAUAUUUAUUUAUACAUUAGACUAUUUGUUCUACAGUUUAGGUAAUGACAACUAACUAUAAAUUUAUUACCUAAUCUGUAAAUAAAUUUAUCCCAUGGCUGUUAUAAUGAUUCCACCUAAGCCUGGUUGGUGAGUUAUAAUGUAAGCAUUACAGAACUGUUUAUCACUGCCAUACAUCUUUAACUGCAGUUUGUUCCUCAAGUGUUGUAAUGGUUUUUUUAAAGGCGUAACGUUUAUUUUUUUCAAACCGUUAUUGUGCAUAUGCUUAUGAGAAUAUUUUGAUGUGGCUUUUAUCAAGUCACCUGAUAAGGCAGAUACCGUAGCAGAACUAUAUAUCUGAUUCUGUAUCUUAAAUCAGAAAAUAUUUCUGAAACAAAGUUUUAUAGUGUUCUUUUGAUUAUUUAAUGGAAUCCAGUAAAUCUUAUCCUCUAUGUUGGACCACAGGAAAUAGUGGAAGUUACAAUCUGACAUAUGAAGCU